GAUUCAGAAGGUCUUCGCUGUUUUUCCCACACUUGCAAUGAAAUUAAAGUUCGCCUGCACUGACAUUAGUAACUUGGGAACGAUACCUGACGUUUGAUGAUGGACAACUAGAAAAACGCAGCUGUAUGAUAUUUCCCUUUUGAACACAUCUUCGCAUGUUUCUUAAAACGGCGCGCACACAAGACACUCAGCUAGCGGGUUUCUAUAGAAAAGGAAAACAGUCUUCGAAUCUCUCAGACAUCAUCGGAGGGAAUCUUAACAAUUGCGUCUGUUAUGUAGAGUUCAUGGACUCUUGAAAUUUUUCAGCAAGUGAAGAGAGGAUAUUUUGAAAUGGAUGAUGAUCUGGAAAGUGGAUACCUCAGCCCUGGGAGUGAAUCCUCCAGAUCUCAGACCCACAGAGCAAAAAAUGUGAACAACAAUAUUCACAUGAUGGAACAGAAAGUUCGCAUCAAAUUUGAAUUUAAAGGUGAAAAGAGAAUCAUUCCAAUCGCCAGACCUGUGAUUCUAUCUGAGUUACUUUCAAAAGUCAAGACAGCGUAUGGUCAGGAUCUGUCGAUGAACUAUGUCAGCAAUGAGAAUGCAAUUCCUCUUGUAAGCCAGUCUGAUCUUGACAAAGCAAUUGAAAUCUUGGACAGAAGCCAGCACCUCACCAGCCUUAGAAUACUCUUGUCACUACCUAAUGGCAUCAGUGACUACAACAGUCACAAAUCUAAUGUGCCAAAUGCAUCAGUGAUGCCUCCAAGCAACCCAAAGGUUGGAUCUCUCUUUGGCAAACCUUUCUAUAAAAAAAGACAACCAAGAAGUUAUGGACUUGGAAUCAGGCAUCUCUCCAGGUCUCAGUCAACCCCUGAUGAGAUCGCUUACAUGGCAGUGGAUCCACCCAACACACCAAGUUUAUCAAGAUACAUCAAUGUGCAGUACAUGUCAUCCAGUAAUAUCAACACCAGAGGCCGAAACUCUCCCCCUCCAGGAUUCCAUCAUGAUGAAUUCCCAGCUCAGCCUUUCCAUAUGGUCAGGGGUGAAGGUGAAUUUAUACCAGAAAGCCAAGAUCAUGUGGUGGUUCCCAGAUUUCAUAGACGAUUGAAUAUGUGGUACGAUCCGCUAUCACACAGUCAGGUAAGAGUUGUUUCCAGUCCAAGCUCUGAAGGUUCUUGGAGAGGAUCAUCCUUUUCUGUGGACAGUGGAGGAGAAAUGCAAUCAUUUUACAACUCUACAAGAUCAGCAUCAAACAGCUCACUAGUGGUGGCUAGUGGAAUGUUUUCCUCAGAAGAAGAUAUAACCGACUGUAAAGCUCAUACGUACCCGAGAAGGAGAAGUCACACGAUUGGAGGACCAGAUGUGGACUAUAAUGACGGAAGCCAAAGAUACAAUGGUACACAGAAUUCUCGCAAACCAAUCCCGCUGUCGAUGAGAAUAGACCAGCAAAUUAGUCCUGCCAGCAGCAGUAGUAGCAGUAGUGGUUUGAUCGCUGACAUCGAUAUAAACACAAAAAGACCUGGAAGAGAGUCUGAGCUCGAAGUCGCCGUGCAGAAGCUUAAAGACAUGUCAAUAACAGAAACAAAAGUGCUUGAGGUGCCUCGAAACUGGACGAAAGGGAAGCUUCUCGGAGCAGGAGCGUUUGGUCAAGUAUACAUGUGUCAUGACCAUGAUACAGGGAGCGAAUUAGCCGUCAAACAAGUUGAAGUUGGGCUCCUCAACACUGCGACCCAAAAGGAAGUGAAAGCUCUCGAAGCAGAGAUCGAUCUUUUAAAGAAUCUCAGACACGACAGAAUAGUGUUAUACUAUGGGACACAACAGACAGAUCUGCAUGUCUACAUAUUUAUGGAAUACAUGCCUGGGUCAUCGGUACACGACCAUAUCAAACAACAUGGUGCUCUCAAUGAGAGUUUAACGAGAAAAUAUACAAGACAAAUUCUAGAAGGAGUGUCUUUCCUUCACGCGACUCUAAUUGUACACAGAGAUAUCAAAGGUGCAAACAUCCUUAGAGAUCUUCGUGGUAAUGUGAAAUUAGCCGAUUUUGGAGCGUCCAAGAGAUUACAGACAAUUCGAAGUAAAACUGGUUUUCGAUCAGUUCAUGGCACUCCAUACUGGAUGGCACCAGAGGUGAUAAACGGGGAAGGCUACGGGCGCAAGGCUGACAUCUGGAGUCUUGGAUGCACGGUGGUAGAAAUGCUGACGACGAAGCCUCCAUGGGCGGAGUUCGAACCAAUGGCGGCCCUGUUUAAGAUUGCAACGCAGCCUACAGAGCCUUCGCUGCCGCACGAUCUGUGUGAGGACGCCAGGGAGUUUAUUCAGUCCACUCUGACAAAGAACUCUUGGCAAAGGCCUUCGGCUGACGAACUGCUGAACUUCACCUUCGUUGUAAACUCCGCAGUAACGACAUGUUUAUGACGAUCGAAAAGAGCGAGCGAUGUCUAUGACGAGGUAUCCUUGUAAGUCAAGGACUUUCUGUCGUUUGAAAAGAGUGGGUGAUGAACUUCAUCACGACUUUGCAGUCAAUCCUUAGGAAUAUCAUCAAAGUAUACUUUACAACAAAAUUGCCAAUUAAAAACGUUGAGCUAAAGGUCAUUUGAUGCGGGCAAGCUAAGGAUCUGUGAUACGAAGGCAUUAUCAUCCCGAUGGAAUAAUCAAGGGAAGUUUCAAGCAUCAAGAAGAGAAAUUCAAAAUACAAAGUGAGAAGCAAACUGAACUAGAACGCAUUGACGUUGAUUUCAACUACGAGCGAGAGUUGAAGAAUUUUUCACAGUAGUAUUAAUUAUACAUUUUACAAGCGAUGAAAUUUUUGCCGAUAAUUCUUGUCGUUAGACGUGGAGGCUAAAAAAACAUCCUUAACAGGAGAGGCUGUGGUAUAGAGUAUAAAAGUUUUAAAGCCAAUAUUUUUUAGAUUUACUCCUCUACGAAGAAGACGAGAAAAUAUUUACAUAUGAUUGUACUCUAAUUGUUUAUAAAUAUGUGAUUCUUUGCUUCUUCGUGCCAUUCAAAGCCGACACCGACUUUUCACGAAAUUGUACUGAAGAUUGCACGAGUCGUGGACUUUUAAGCUUGCUCGUGAUAACUACAAACAUUCUGGCAACAGGAGUGAUAUUUUCAGUUCUUUGUAGAGCUAUGUUGGAAUUGUGUAUGUACCAAGAGAGUAUUAAGCUUAGAGGCUGGCUUCCUUGCGAUGAACAUAGAGUUAAAGGAAUCCCUCACAAUGUAUUUUCCGACCUAUUUUCUGUGGUCUCUUGAGAAUAGUGUCACAAUUACCAGACAUGUAACUUGAAUCUCUUAUUGGAGAACAACUAUAUUCAGCAUUGGAUGUCCAAGUGCGGAAAUAUCGCGACACGAAGUUGGUUGUUUUCUUAGAUCCUCCAAGGAUAUCUGAAAUUAGUAGUGAUUUCAAAAUAGUUCACAUGUUCUUUUUUUCGUGCUUGGCAAGCGUGAAUCUGACUUCAAGUUGUCCUCCACUUUUCACCGGUUACAUGAUUGGCGCGCUCUCAAUUGCCACAUGUUUCUUGCACUUGACUCAGGUUUUGUCAGUUUAAUUUAUUUUUUCCCGCUCUUUUCUUUUCGCUUGGUACAUAUUUGGCGCGCCUGCCAAAAAUUUUUGCGCGCUUGAUGCUGAUUGGUCCCACUGGUCCAUGUUUCCGUUGCGUGAAGGUUUCUGGGUUUGUGGGUUUGAGUUUGACAAUUGUGAUACUAGUGUCAAUGAGACCAAAAGAGAUUUAAGUCAACCGGAGAUCUUAAAUUGGUUACUCUGAAAUUAUUUUAAAGAAGCGUGUACAUGAAGCCUAAGAUAUUGAGUUUUUUUACGAUAUGUAAAUAAUUAAGCUUGUCAAUAGAGGCGUUCUGUUUUUUCGAAUUUUGUUCGUUCUGAACAAGUGAUAUUUUAUAUGACAGCUUGCUUCAAUAAGUCAUACAAUGAAAAUUUAUAUUGUAUAAUACUGCUGUAGAUAAGGCAUAGGUUGUAGAUAGGUUUCAUCGAUAAAAGAUCAAUUUAUGGCUUUCUUAGUUCUCCAGCUACAAAGCCCAAAUUCAAAUAAUUAAUAUUUUCAUUGACAAUUCAUCGCUUCCCAUAAUAAACUGUCGAAUGUGUGGCAUGAAUGUAAAUGAAAUCAGUAGUUCUUGUUUAAAGAUCGCCACCAUGGUUUCAUCCAAAUCGCUAAACCUUGGAACCACACCUUGCAGCAGAACAAGAAUUGUUAUCACUUUGUCGGGCAUUGUAGCGCAUUUUGCGUGCUAAAAUGUACUUUAGCCCGCUUGCACGCUCGCGUGAUUGUUCAAAAUUUUUUUGGUCAUUUUUUUAAAGUUUUUAUUUUCUUAAUGCCUUCCAAAGUGAUGAUAAUAGUAAGACGGUGUGUGUUCUUGGAUACUGAUAUGUUUUGGGCUCUUCUCAGAUCAUUUUAACCAUCGCUCCGGCUCCAGCUAAAAUGACUCGGUGUCAUAACACACGGAAGUUCUGCUCAUUGGCUUCUAGACAUAAGGGUUUCUUCCACGCACUUUUAAACGAGAACUACUUUGUACAUCGUGAUACACAAUACCACUUAACAGUACUACUUCAUUUUAAUGGUCACAGGGGUAUCUUUCACAGACAUAAAUCAUGAGCAUUAAAGGGUGAUUUUUGAUAAGUGUCGUUAAAACAAAACCAAAGUAAUUACAAUUAGAAGAAAGGAAGACAUCUUGAAGGGCCAAUGAGAACUCAAAGUAAAAACAAGCAAACCGUCUGAAGCGCGGGAAAACGCGUGUGACCAUGUCGAGGUUGGUGUUGGUUUUGCAUCUGAUUGGUUGGGAGAAUGGCGCCAGUUUUCUGGACCAAUUACAAAGGAAAGUCUAGCAAAACCAAUGCAAUUCCCGAUUAUUGUCAACGCCCAGUUGACAAUUGCUCCAACAAACAGCACCACUUAGAGCUACUUCGUGUUAGUUUAAUUUAUACGUAAAUAUUCACCUCAUUCGGUGGCUCGUCAUUCAAAAUGGACUCUGGAGCCUAUGUAAAUUGUUUAAGUGACUCCUGAUCUUACAAUGUAAAGUAAUUCCAACAGCUGUCGACAAAUUUGUUUUGGCAAACAGCUUGAGACAGUGAAAUAGAUUGUUAUAUUUGAAAAAAAAACGACGAAAAAACAAGGAAUAAAGUAUUGCAAUAUUA